UCCUACCUACUGUAAAUGGAGCAUUCCAAGAAUUUUUUUCAGCCAAUCAUAGCUGACCUGCAGGGUGGGAUUAAUAAUUCCAGAAAAGGCAAAAAUUGAAACUAACCCAAUGAAAAUCUGUACGUGACUGUUGGCUAAAACUACACCCUGCCCCCAAAUAGGGUGAUUGGCAAAGCGAAAGUUUGAUGUGCACAAGCUUUUAGCGCAAGCCUAUUGUGAAUAACGAUUUAGAAAUGCCCUGCGGUGUGAUUAAAAAUACAUCUCAAGAUUACUGAAAGUUAUUUUCAGGGCCAAGGUUUACUGACAGGUGAGUACACUGCACAUAAUUGUCGUGCGAAGGUCACGACGAUGUGGGUUUUGAGAUAUAAUUCGACACAUUUCAAUUAAAAUGCUAAGGCAAUGUGUGUUCCCGUAUGUAUACUUUUAGUCUCUAGCACGGCGAUCUCAUUGAACCUACACACGAGUGAGAGAAAAACAGGCUCGACUGAGAGAGAAGUGCAUAUACAACGCGACCUUACGUUACACAAGGUAACUCCUUGUUUUACUAUUUGCGAUGAUUUUUACACAGCUCGCUAUACUUUGCACUCUUGGCUGGAUUCCACAAUUGAGCGACGGAAACGGUCAAGGGUUGUCCUUUAUUUAAUUAUUCGUACGAUUGGUAUUCUUUAACUAUGGACAUUCCAGUGAAGACAUGUCAGAAUUUAUCAGUCAAAACUGCUAACUCUUCAUUUGGGUGCUAGGAGAGGGUGACGAACACCGUUCUGCUAAACUCCACCUAUAUACGUGAGUACGGCGACGUGCCCGCGAACACCCAGGCCGCAGAACGUGCGCGCCCGCGGGAGGGGCCGACAGAAAAUGGCGAGUCUGUGCAAAAGGCAGCAAUGCACGAUCGAGAGGCGCGGCUUUCGGCAGGAACUCGAUUCGUGGAGGCAUAAACUAAUUCACUGUGUAGGGUUUGAAAGCAUUUUGGAAGGGCUGUUUGGGCCAGGACUCGUAAAAGACCUCACCGUAUUUAAAGAUCGUGAGCCAGAAGGUGUUUCUGAUUGGUCAUUCAAUAAAAACUGUCUCUUCUGCUGCUUAAGACGAGAAAAAGUGAAGGAGCAUUUAGUUGGCUUAGACAAGCAGACCCUGGAGGCUGGGGAGAAAGCCCUUUGCAAACAGGAACAGUCCAAAAUCCACCGACUUGAGAAGCAAGCGGAAGAGUUCCUCCAUGCAGUCUUCUACAGAAAAGAUGUCCCCAGGGUCUCCGACCCCCACAUUCCUCUAGUGGCUCGCGAGAUAAUGCAGCGAAUGAUCCGACAGUUCGCUGCGGAAUAUACCUCAAAAACCAGCUCUUCUCAGGACCCCAUCCAGCCCAACGGCACCAAGGACCAAAGCCUGCCGAAAGCACCAUCACUCGCGUCUGCUGCUGCCUCUGCACAGAACCCCGUUCUCAGCAAGCUUCUCAUGGCUGACCAAGACUCUCCGCUGGAUCUCACUGUUAAGAAAUCUGAAUCCGAAUCGAGUGACCAAGACGGAGUACUUGAUUUGUCCACCAAGAAAAGUCCCAGCCCAGGCAGCUCAUCCCUCAACAAUUCUCCCAGCUGCUCCACAGCCCCCCUGGAGAAAGGUGAUUCUGAAGACUUGAGCCAGGCCAAAGCAAUAGAUGACAAGCCUUCCUCUCUGGAGCAGUUUAUGGCCAAACUGUGCCCCCAUCACCAGAAGCAGAUUGUUGAUGCCUUGGGGUUCCUGCAGAAUGAAGUAAAGCCUGUAGCUUUCUCCACUCCUUCUCAAAGUCCACAGAAAGUGAGCGAUGGUGCCAUGGCAGAGACAGACUGUAGCCCUGUCUGCCAGUUGCAAAUAACCAUGGCCCCUGGCACUGAGCAAGAGACCAGCUCCCUGAACCCCCCUUUUUCUGAUUCUCAGAAAUCCAUUGAAAUUCCAACCACCACGGGAAGCAUUAGUGACUCCAUAGAAGUUACGAGUGCACAAAACAACCCAAUCGAACAAGCCUCUCUGACUACAGCUUCAAAAGGAAACGCAGUUCCUGCUUCAUCUUGCGCAUAUAGUUCCAUCCCCCUAGGCCACCUCCCUCUAAUUUCUGGAGAUCUUAAAGAAUUGAAAUGCAACGAAACUGAAAGAGAGGACAUUGGACGCUCUGACAAGGUGAAAAGCAACCCAAGUGGCACCGUUUGUGUCAGUAAAGUAGAUGUAGCAAAUAGGGGUAGAAGCUCUUGUCCCACUGAUGGCACUUUAGACGAUCUGCAGAGCAGCUCAGAAACUCCUUUGUAUUCAGACUUUAAGGGAGCUUCCCAAUGUAUUGGUGUGGCAUUGGCACCAGGAAGCCUCCAUCCUUCACUAGGAAGGACUGGUCAGCUUUUUGAUCACCUCUAUCAUGCAGACAAAAAUGGCUCCUUAGGUGAUACCAAAGAUGUGUGGCUUGGCCUGAGCCCUGAUAGAAGGGCAACAAAGACUACUGUUUCUUUCAGAUGCUCAAGCUCCCCUGCUUCACCUAAGACAGCCCGAAAGAGUAUAAGGAGGCCCUAUUUGAGGCCCCGUAGUUCUGCUCUGUGCCAGAUCGUGAAUGACCUUGAUAACCAGUGUGACAUUGUUUACAUCAGUAAGCCCAUUACUGAAUGUGAGCCGGUGCCACAGAAACCUAUCUUCUCCCAGCGAACUGCUAGAAAGAGCACCAGAGGCCACAUGUGCAGCGAAGAGUACUGGGAACUGAAAACUGUCCGCACACUGGCCCGGAAAUCUGCUGCCAAUGAGAAGGGCAACUGCCCCUCUCUGAUGCCAGAAUCUGUUACUUUGAUAACACCUAAACAGGUGCUAGCCAUGCCAGAUAGUGUCCCACCAACAGAUGUACCCUUUGCUGGCAGCUGUGGCGAGACCCUUGGACAGAAUGCACCCUCAAAGGAAACACUGGUCAAGGAGAUCGGUGGAGGUGUUUAUGCUGUGGGUCAUGAUGCUGCGCGGAUUGUUGAAACCAGUAAGACCGACCAACCUCGGGCCAAAGAUGGCACCUCCCAACCUUUAAAAGCUCUACUUUCAUUAGUAAAGAAACACAGCAAGGAAACGGAGCAGCAGCAGACAGAAAUGCCUUUAACUAAUGAAAUAUGUGCUAAAACCGUGAUCCAGACAGAUCAGUCUGAAGAAGAACCUUCCAGCAGUAGACAAAAGGAUGAGAAAGAAUUGGAUUCAGGGCAACUGGAAGAAAUCCCAAUAGCAGCAGCAGUGAGAGAAGGCAGUGAGCUGGGAUCAGAGAUGCUCUUGGAAAAUGCUGUCAAAGCCUGUGCCAGUGAGUUGCAACCCACAGCAAGAUCCACAUCUCCCAUGAUGACUCCUGAUGAUAAUCUACAAGUAGAGGACACAAGAAAUGAUAUAGGAACCAUAAUUGAGACCCUGGAGCUGCAGGAGUCAGAACAGCAGGUAUUACAUCUUGUGAAAGAUAAACUUGUUCUGCAACAGAGUAGUGAAAGUAUCUCUGCUUGCGGUUCAAAGGAUGAAGAAAUGGAAGAAGAAUCGGACACUGUAACGGAAAUGGACGUGAAGCAUGAAGCACUGGCGGUAGAUGAUGGAAGGAGCACUCCUGAAAAUACAUGCGUGAAAAAGCGGCACCGGAAAGUGUUUGCCACUUCAGACAGGCUCCUGCGGAGUCGGCAACAGAUAAGGAUUUCUGAUGAGGCCCCAUCCAAUAUGGGAGAAACCACAUCAGAGACCACACCCAGCCCUCUGCAGGUUCCCGAGCUGCAAGUCACCCUGUUUAAAAGUCCUGGAGCCAAACGUUUCCGCAAAUCAGUGGAGUUAAAACGGACAGAUUUAGUUAGCUUCCCAGCAGACUGCUUCCACAAGACCAUACUUGAGGGCAUUGGUGAUCCAGACAACAUGCUGGAGGACUGCUCUGAAAGCAGCUCUGAUGAGGAGGUAGAAGAGAAGAAUGUUUUGCGGACUAGACAGAAUUACAAAUCUAUGUUGGCCAAGGAACUUGAAAGCGACGAAGUCAGGGAGGGUGGAAGUGUCUCUACUUUCGAAAACGAACACUACCGCAAAAGGGAAGGGCUGUGGGUAACAGUGAAGGCCAAUUCGGAGAGGAGGAGAGUGCUUCUGUCAGAGGAAGAGGGGAUGUCACCUUUGCUGAACAGUGAACUAAUGGAAGGCAAACCUGAUGACUCCAUGGGCAAGAUUCUCGAGAGAUUUAGCAAAGUGCAUCCUGAUAAAGGCAGUAACUGCUUGCUGAAUGGGAGGGGAACAGUUAAACCCCUGACCUCCAAGGCAUUAAUGAGGCACAAGAAGCGAGUCCUUAAGUCUUACAACUUGGAGUGUCCUGAGGUAUCCAUGGUAGGUGGAAGAAAGGGGAUAAGUAAGCAGUAUCAAGCUAGGGCUGAUGUCGGUCUGCAUUCUGAUCCGUUUGGCUUGACAAAUGUUGACCUCUCUGUGAAAGACCCACCCAAGUUCUUGGAGGUUUUGACAGAAGAGGAGAACCAAUACCUCAUCACCAACCUAAACGCCAAGUAUGAGAAGGUGCACAAGGGCUGGGUGCAGCUGGAGAAGGAAGGCCAGCCUGCACCCAAACCUAAAAACAAAGCAGACAGGCUCAAGGAGAUAUGGAAGAGCAAACGCAGGGUCAGAAGGUCGAAAGCUCUGGAUCAACAGAGAUUUUCCCCAGUGCAGAUGCUAUUCAUGAAGACCUUCAACCUUGCCAACAUUUGUCAGUGGUUCCUGGAAACGACUGAAACCAAGUCUCUUGUUAUAGUCAAAAAGAUCAACACUCGUCUGCCAUCUGAAACUCAGCUUUGUUUUCAUAAUUCCUCUUCCAGUGCUGCAGGGUCAUCACGUGAUGUCUACCCCAGCAUACAAGCCGAGCGCUUGAAGAAACAUCUAAAAAAGUUUGCAAUGGCCUCCCCAGCCAAGAACAAUUUAAAGAACCAAAAGCUGUGGGCCAGAGCAAGUGAACAUACAUCUGCUAAUGGCAGUAACAAAGAGAGGCUAAGAAAAGAAAUAUCCAGUGCCACUCGUAUUUCCACUAAACCCAGCAGUAACCAUAUCGCUCCUAAGAUGCAAGUAGUUCAAUGUCAGAAGACCCCUCAGGGGGUUAAGAGCCCGGCAAGCGCCAGGAUCCUUAGGAAGUACUCCAACAUCCGAGGGAAGCUGCAGGUGCAGCAGCACAAGCUAAAGACAAAUGAGACCUCUGGAAUGGACCACAAGAGUAUGCAUAUGAAACCUCUAAAGUCUCCGAUCAUGGCCUGUGGUCCCAAAUCAGGGGGUCUACAGAGGGGGAGACCUCAAGAAUCUAACAAGGUGAAGGAAAAGAAAAUUUUAAACAGGACCAAGGUUGAUGCCCCUCCUGUGACCAGAAAGGUGGCUGCAGAGGAGAAGGUAACCAAGAGCAACAGCAGACCAUCUGCUCUGUGCAGCAGAAACAGGCACAAGAAGCAGCAGCCGCUGAAGAAAACACCAGUGACAGCUCGAAAACCUCAAAGAAUUUCUGUGGUUGCCAAGGUUUUAGAAACAAAACAGAAAGGCAAAAGGCUUGACACAAAACAACCCAAAACUUACAAAGAAGCAGAUAGGAGGCAAGAAGCUCCACAGUUAAGAGGUAUGCGGUUUAACCCCAAUGAUCCCAGUGACGGAAAAGACCAGAGAAAGUGUCUCAAGACGAGAGCUAUGACCAGCACUUUUCCCCCACUUAGCAAGGUGGCUGUGGUUUCAUCCCAAGAUCAGGUGCUGACUCGCUCUCAGCGAAAGCUUGAAGUUUCUGUAAGUUUGGGGCUACAGACAAGAAAGAGGGUGAAAGACAUACAACCUGCACUGGCCAAACGUACCAGAAGGUCCAGCGUCAACUAAAAUAAACGUUUUGGGAAGCGGGUGGUGGUGGUGGUGGUGUGGUUUAUAAUGUAGAUGAGGUUGUGUUUUGGGAGACAAAUAGAAAAAAGUAACCAUGUAAAAACUAUUGUAAAGUGAAUAUACGUUCUGAGUGUAAAACUUGCAUUAAAGAUGUUUAAGCUCCCUCCAUAAGCUUGAGCAAGCCUUUAUAACCAAAUAAAAAAAAAAAUACCAGUAAACAAUUUACAGGAAGGAAUGUGCGUUUCUGGGAAAGUGUGAUAAAGAAGUUUUGACUAUUUGGGCAGUAUGUACUGUAUAAUACACACCAACAAGUAUUAGGACACAUGACUAAAUUCAGAACUGGAGGAGGGGUAUUUGUUGUCUGUUUUACCCCACUCACUGAGCACAUAAUUUUGUCGUACAGUGUAUCAUAUUGUACGUAUGAGAUGCAAUACAUAUGAAAAAUUGAAUAUGUUUAUAGGUGCUGCAUAUUUGGUGUUUCUAGUGUCUUUUUUUAUUUAUAGUUUGUUGAAGCUCAUAUUCACAAUGCUUCUGCCCUAGUUUUUUCUCUGUAAUGUAAAAGGUGAGCAUAUUGGUCUAGGUCAGAGCAGUUGCUAUCACUACCAUUGUUAUGGAAGAAUUAAAGUAUAUUUACUUAUGCUUUGAAUAUAGACUGUUGUUAAGGGGGAGCUAAUGGUGUUCUACCAAAUCACUAGACGGCAACAUACUGUAUAACAAUUUAGGAAAAGUGAGAGAUGGUCAAAUUCAGAUCCUUUAGUUAUUAGUCCAUUUAAGCAAAAUAUUCAAAUGAAUAAUCUGUACUACAAGUGCUGUGGUACCCCACGUGUAUUCAUUUACUGCAUUUUUUGGACCGGAAUGUGGACUUCAAGUCUCGUACCACAUUGAAGCCACUGGUACCAAUAAUAUGUGUGGUACUUGAGUUACUGCUGUAUGUAUUUGAAUAGGGUGCAGUUAUCCAGUCAACUGUACAGCACUUCUGUAUGUACAUUAUGUCCUAAUACAUGUUGGAGGGGUGGUGUGAGAGAGACAGACAGUAUCGUGAGGAAGGAAGACUGGUGCUGAAUACAGCUCCAGUCUGGUAUUAAACUGGGCUUGCAAUCAAAGAAGGGUCGAGGAGUUGAAUCAGGCAAGGGGGCAGUGCCUUAUUGAUUGUGGUUUAUAAGAUGUAUGUCUAGUCAGAGUGAUAUGGAAGGCUUGUUUUUAUACUUGAUGCACAAGCAGGGGGGGCAGUCUUCACGCAGAUAAAGUCUGCUUCAGUAAUAUAAAGCUAGUCCCACCCGAAUCCUUCUAUACUCUGACUGCUCUUCUUUUUU